AUGGAUUCCUUCGGCGAUGACGAAUUCCCAAAGUUGACCUAUUAUGAAGGCACCUACUGCGACAGCUGCCGGAAAAUGGCCAAGACGGAGAUGAAAGAAGAGUACGAUGACGACGAUUACGUUUUCGAGGACGACGAUUUUGGUGGCGAUAACACGCUAAAGCUACGUAUGAUCCACUACAGGAGGAACGUGGCGGUAAAUGGUCCUUUUUAUGCGGAUUGCCCUCCAAGUUAUCCGAGCGUCGGUUUGCUACCACACUCUCGAUACCAUUUUAAAAAUGAGCCGGACUUUGAAGAGACUGUUGAGGACUGCGCCGAUUUCGCGAUCGAGAAAUAUAAUGAAAAGAUGGGCACUGAGAUGGAGCUCCGUGAGAUUGAGAAUGUCUCUUGUGAAGGUUUUGCUAGGAGGAGAUUGUAUAUGAUUCUUCGUUGCUGCAAUGUUGGUAGCUCCGGUGAUGGCAGCCCUGACGAUGAUGGUAAACAAAAAAGGAGCUCCGAGGUGAGUGACGGAACUGUUGACAAGACUUACAGAGUUGUGGUUUCCUGUUGCUGGUGGAGAAAGUUGUACAAAGAAGUUUUGGUAUUCAAGGACAGCGAUGGGAAGAAUUUAUUGGUGCCCAAUCGGUCCUUCGAUGAGCGAACAAAGACAGAGAACCGCCGCCCUCCUCCAAUUGAAAGAUGA